AUGCAAACACAACCACUUCCUAAAUUGUCUGUUACUGAUGUUCUCUACAGCAGACAGGUUUGGAUUUAUAAUUUAACUUUUGUAGUGUCUGGUUCAGAUCAAUUGAAUGAUAAAUGUUUUCUUUAUACUUGGAAUGAAGCAGAAAGUGGCAGAGGGCCCAAUGAAAUAUGUUCGGCUUUGAUAGAUUUUCUUGAAAAAUUGGAGUAUAACCUACUCAACUCAGGUAAAAGUGUCCCUACAACACUAAAUUUAUUUUCCGAUUCUUGUUCCGCACAAAACAAGAAUCAGUACACAAUGAUGAUUUUACUUCAUUACAUAAACUAUAAGUCUAAGGUAUUUAAAAAUAUUAAUCACUUUUUUCCAGUGAGGGGACACAGUUACAUGCCACCUGACCGUGUCUUUGGACGGAUUGAGAAAGAACUUAAUAAGAAAGAAACAAUUUUUUCACCACAAGAAUACUGUACAGUUUUUGAAAAGUAUGCAACAGUAAACAUUUAUAACAAAGAUUUUAAUGUUUUUGUUUACAAAACUUCUAUUAAAACUAUAGUGAAAAGUAAAAAUGAUUUCAAAUCAACACAACAAAAAGUAUUUACUUAUAUUAAAGGUGAACAUACAGUGGAAAUUUUUAAAACAUACGGAGGACUUCUAGAUAAAAUAGAAGUUGUUAAAAGAAAUGGCAAGCUUUUAUCAAUGACUGAUAAUCUUAUACAGCUUCCAAAAACAAAUCACUUAAAAUUACCAAAACAGAAAGACGUUAAAAAUCUCGUGAGAUUUUUUGAAGUGCCUCAACAUGGAAAACAGUUUUAUGAAGAUAUAUUUCAGAACAGUGGCAAUGAUGAAGGUCCUGAUGAAAAUAUUGCUUUGUAUGAAUCAGACGAUGACUAA